AGCAAGAGGUAGCAUCACGGUCGCGUUGUGGUGAAUAAAACGCGACAUUCAGGGGUCUGAACCCCUGUUUUGAGUCUUCAAGGAAUCUCUGAAAGGCUUGACAUCAUGGCGUCCCACCUGUUGAGGCACUUGGCUACUUCCCUGGCCCAGAUCAGCCGGUUAACUCCGACCUUCUCUUCACCUGCAGCUACUGCUUACAGAUGUCUGCAAACCCUCACCACAGCUCCCCGCACACUGCUGCUGUCGUCAGCCAGGGUCAGCUCAAUCCAGAUUCCCUCUAUUUGCUCCUCUGCUCAGUGUGGAUCAUCUCUGUUGGGACAGUGUGAGCACCUUCCCUCGAUCCAGCCCUCUGCAGGGAUGAAAACCAGGUCUGCCCUGAGGAGGCGCUGCAAAGACUGUUUCUUUGUCCGACGAAGGGGACACAUGUUUGUGUACUGCAAAACAAAUCCAAGACACAAGCAGAAGCAGGCCUGAGAUGUCUCAUGUUAAAUGAGUAUGAAGAAAAUGUUUUGUGAUUACGGAGAUUUCUAUUUACCUGAACUGUACUACAACAAUAAAUGGUUUUGCUGA